AUGGCGCUGAGUGACCUGCUUUACCCAGAUAACCCCAAGAGAAGGCAAGAAUUGAUCCAGCUACACCAGGAAUUGCUCAACUGCAUGGCCACAAAUUUCCAUGCCACAAAUGAGCUGGCUGGAGUGCUGAAUGAACACUUGGGCUGUACCAUUACCCACAUUCAGAUGAGAGAGAGCAGCACUGUCAAGGAAAACUGUGACAUUAUCAUUCAAGCGAUGAGUGAGAUUCAGCAUCAGGUACAGAAGAUUGAUAGUGACAUGAAGGAAAAGCUAGAGCCUGUGCUGUACCAGAAGCUAUAUGACAUCAAAGAGCCUGAGUUGGAGAAAAUUGCAAUAGCCCAUAAAAUUUUUUCCAUCAUUCUUGGCGAAGCUACUUCAACAGCUGAGAUGGUAGCUAUCAAACUUCUUGGCUCCAAUUUUAUAACUCUCACUGUAGGCAAGCUCAUCAGUCUCCUUGCACAGAUUGGGGCAUCUGUUCUCGGGGGAAUCAGCAUCACCAUUCUUGGGCUCGGCAUUGAAAUGAUCCUCCAUGCCAUCCUGGGAGCUGUGGAGAGGAAUCAGCUUCUGACAGCUGUGAAAAGCUAUGAGAAGCACCUGGCUGAGUUUAAAGCAGCCUCAGAAAAGUACCAGCAUGCUAUACGUGAAGUGACUUCUUUGGUGCGACAGCAGGUUCAGUGA